UUGUUAUCCUUUGGAACCCAUCUUUUCUCCAAAUCUCUCACACUCUCUCUAUUUGUUGAUUGACAUUUUUGCCGUCCUAAAAUCAUAGCUAAACCUUCUGUUUUUGUGCCUUUUUGAACCUGUAAAGCACGAUAAUCACGGGGUUUCUUAACUAUGAAAACUAGUUAAAACCCAGUACUAUUUACUUAGUUUUAUAUGUGCUGAUGUUAGCAUAGAUGCCCAUUUCUAUUUCUUGAUGAUUUAUGUUCUUCGGCAAAAGUCUUGGAAAUUUUAUGGGGUUUCAGUCUCUUGCUCUUCUCCUUUGACUUGGCUUGCUGAUAUUUUAUCAGAUCUUCACAAUCAUAGUUCUCUUAAGGACCUGGUCUUUAUCCAAGAGUUUGAGCUGGAAGCUUUGAAAGUUCUCUGGCCUGGUCAAAAUAACAAAGAGAUCAUCAAGAAUACGGGUUUUUCUCUAAGUUUAUUAAGGAUUGUUAUCUUUAUAGCAAAUUUUAUUUUUGUAGGGAUUACCCGUUUGAAGUAUUUUCUUAGGACAGCUUUAACUUUGUAAAUUAGGGUUUUCUGGGUACUCUGAUGGGUCGUGAAAGCUAAUUCCAGUCAAGGAUUCUUUUGUAUUACCAAAAUAUGGCUGCAACUGAGCACUACUUUGUGGAGUGGAAAGAGCAAUAUAUGUCAAAAGAGAGGGGCAAUCGUGUGGUACACUAUUUCUUGAAGGAUAAUUCAGGGGAAUCCAUACUCGCUGUUGUGGGUACCGAGAGGAGUGUUAGGCACAUGUUUUAUGUUGUUUCUGAAGAGUUUUUGAAUGCCCAUGGGGCCAAGAACUCGGUUCAUGCCGGGUUUAGAUGGAGAUCAAGGAGAGAGGUUGUGAACUGGCUCACUUCUAUGCUGUCAAAGCAGCAUAUGCAAGCCGAAUGCCCAAUGUCACCAAAAGAGAAUUUUGCUCCAGAAAUCAAUGCUCAACACACCCAUGUGCCAGCUCAAAAGGGCCGUGUAGCAAGGAACUUGAAAGCUCAUCAUUUAGACAUUGUAUGGUCAGGCGUAGCAUGGACCUGUGGUAAACAGCUCAAUCACUACCCAGAAUUUUACAGGAAUGGGAUUACGAUACCGGUCCAUUCAUUUGUCUUUGUAAUGGCUGAGAAAGAAAACCGUUAUAUCGCGUACUUGGAAGAUAUGUACGAAGAUAGAAAGUGCCAUAGAAAGGUCAAAGUCAGAUGGUUUCACCAUAAUAGAGAAGUUAGGGGCACUGCUUCUUUACGGAAUCCACAUCCUAAAGAAGUUUUCAUCACCCCAUAUGUACAAAUCAUCAGUGCAGAAUGUAUUGAUGGUCCUGCAAUAGUCUUAACUCGAGAACAUUACGAGAAAUGCUUGGCUGUUUUCCCCCAGGAUUUGGUAGGAAAAGUACAUUUUUGCUUCAGACAAUUCAAGAGCAAUAGAGUAAAACCUUUCAAGCUAAGUAAGUUGCGUGGAUACUUCGAUCAACCAUUUUUCUUGUGUUUCAGUCCUGAUUUUUUUGAGGAUGAAGAGUUCAGCUCUGAAGAUGAUGUAAAAGUUGGAGCUAAAAGGAGCAGAAGAUGCAGAGAGCAUCAGAAGGCUGCACAAGAAUUAUCAUACAAGAAAUUGAAGUAUGGGAAACCAUUCAGGCAUGUAGAAGGCCACGAUUGGCAUACUCCAAGUUUUAAGGUCAAUGACAAGAUAGAGUUUCUUUGCCAAGAUAGUGGCAUUCGAGGUUGCUGGUUCAGGUGCACAGUUUUAGAGGUUUCUGGGAAGCUGAUGAGAAUUCAAUAUGAUGAUGUUAAAGAUGAAGAUAGUUGCCGCAAUCUUGAGGAAUGGAUCCCAACAUACAGACUGACCCGGGCUGAUAAGCUGGGAAUGAGACAUCCCGGUCGUCCAACAACCAGGCCUGCCUGUCCUCGUGAUCAAGGGAGCCAGAACUUCGAGGUUGGAGCUCCAGUUGAUGCCUGGUGGAGUGAUGGUUGGUGGGAAGGGGUCAUAUCUGGCUCUAGUGAUUGUGAAAAUGGAAAACAUCAAGUUUACAUUCCGGGUUUGUCUUUGAAUUUCAAUUUGUUUCCUUUUAUUCUUUUAAUAUUCCUUCUUUUAACCCCCCCGUCUGAUUUCUAGAA